AUGGCCGCUCCACUCCACGCAGAAGGACCAAUACGCACACCUUACACCGGAGUCGAACUCUUAAAUACACCCUACCUAAACAAAGGUACUGCAUUUCCAGCCGACGAGCGAAGAGUACUCGGUCUCACUGCACUCCUUCCAACGUCGGUCCACACGCUCGAUCAGCAGCUCCAGCGAGCAUGGCAUCAAUACCAAAGCCGGGACAACGAUCUAGCACGCAACACAUUCCUGACAUCACUCAAAGAACAGAAUGAAGUCCUCUACUAUCGACUAGUGCUGGAUCAUCUCUCCGAAGUCUUCAGCAUCAUCUACACUCCUACCGAGGGCGAAGCUAUACAACGAUACUCCUCCCUCUUCCGACGCCCAGAAGGCAUCUUCCUCAACAUUCACGAGAUUGAUCACGUCGAUCAAGCUCUAGCCAACGGCGGUAAUCCCGAUGACAUCGACUAUAUUGUGGUCACAGACGGGGAGGAGAUUCUCGGCAUUGGAGAUCAAGGCGUAGGCGGGAUCCUCAUCUCCAUCGCCAAGCUGGUUUUGAUGACCGUAUGUGCGGGCGUUCAUCCAAACCGGACAUUGCCCGUCGUUCUUGACUGCGGUACCAACAACGAGGAACAUCUCAAUGAUCCGCUGUACCUCGGUCUCCGCGAGAAGCGGGUCAGAGGUGAACAGUACGACAAGCUCAUCGAGGCAUUUGUAUCAAGCGCACGCCGAAGGUUCCCCAAGGCAAUGCUACAUUUCGAGGACUUUGGCCUGGAUAAUGCUCGACGAAUCCUAGACCAGUAUCGAUCGGAAGUACCUUGCUUCAACGAUGAUGUUCAAGGAACGGGAUGCGUGACUCUGGCAGCGAUCACAGCCGCUUUUCACGUCAGCGGUCAAAGUCUCAAAGACAUUCGUAUGGUGAUAUUCGGAUCAGGCAGUGCGGGCAUUGGCAUCGCAGAUCAAGUGAGGAAUGCCAUCGCAGCAGAAUGCAAGAUUGACAAAGACGAGGCUGCAAAGCAGAUCUGGUUGAUUGACAAACCCGGCCUUCUUACCACGGAUGUAGACGUCUCGAGUGCGCAAAAAGGCUUCGUCAGGGAUGCGGCAGAGUGGAAGGGCAAAGACACAUCCCUUGUAGGAGUCGUCAAAGACGUCAAGCCAAACGUCCUCAUCGGCACUUCCACUGUCCCCGGAGCUUUCACGAAAGACGUUGUCCAAGAAAUGGCCUCUCACGUUGAACGACCUGUUGUUUUGCCUCUGUCGAACCCAACUCGCCUCCACGAAGCCGUCCCAAAAGACCUCCUCACUUGGACGAACGGAAAAGCCCUCGUAGCUACUGGCUCACCUUUCGACGCCGUGAAAGGGCCAUGGGGUAAAGACGGCGCGGAAGUUGAGAUCCAGCCCGCGGAAUGCAACAACAGCGUCGUCUUUCCUGGCAUCGGACUUGGUUCGAUUCUCUGCCGCACGAAGUUGAUCACGGAUGAAAUGCUCGUUGGUGCAGUGGAAGGCGUAGCGUCCAUGGCACCGGCGAGGACAGAUUCCACGGCGCCAUUAUUACCUGGUGUGGAAGAUGUGAGGGCGGUCAGUGUGCGCGUGGCGAGGAAUGUGAUCAAAGCUGCGGUCAAAGGCAAGGUGGCGACGCAGGAGGGCAUUCCGAUGGAGAGCGAUGAGGAGUUGGAUCAGUGGAUUGAAAAGCAGAUGUGGAAGGCGGAAUAUCGGCCCAUCAAGCUGGAAAAGAGGUAG